CCGACAUCAAAAAGCCAACAGGGAGAGUUGGAGAUUCAUCGCGAUUCACGCCCAGGGUUAACCAGACCGACAUCAGCUGAACGAAGGUCGAGCACGAACAGAUACAAAUGCAAUUCAUUGAUGGGGCAAGUGAACAAGGAGUGCCUGCCCUGCCUAUUCUUCUUAAUAGCUCCCUCCUUGUUCCCUGGCUCUGGAGCAGCGCCGGUAACCAUCACGGUGGGAAGCAAUCCCGUGCGGACUGGAGUGGGCUGGGAUACGACCCUGUCGGUGGCUAACGCCUCCGCACUGUACUCCGUGGAGUGGGAGGACCCGACCAGGAGCAACAUCCUCAGGCUGCUGGAAGGGCGACUGAUCGUUAAACCGGGGACGGUGUACGCGGACAGAGUCAAACUGCAGCCGAAUAGCUCGCUCACCAUCCUCUCCACCCUUCAGGCUGAUGAGGGGAACUACACAGUGACCAUGGACCCUCCAGCUGGGGAGGGGCUGACGGCUAACAGCGUAGUCCUGGCCCUGGAGGUUUACGUGCCAAUCACCAAUGUGUCAAUUGCUUUUUCUGCCCCUGACGUGUUUGAGGGGGAUCAGGAAGUCCGUCUGACAUGUGCGGCCCUUACUGGGUCGACAGUGACCUUCUCCUGGGCCAAGGGUAGCAGCAUUCUGACCAAUAGCAGCCGUGUGACUGUUUCCGGCAGUGAGCUCCGAAUCAUGGCAGUGAUUCGAGAUGAUGCUGGCUCCUACACCUGUACCGUGCAGAACCCAAUCAGUCAAAGCUCCAGCAGUCGGGCCCUCACUGUCUUCUAUGGUCCAGAGACAGCAGCAAUCCGGAGAGAUUUCCAGUCAGACUGUGUAGUCCCUGAUCAAGUCGUGGGGGGCAGCAGUGGAAGCUUAUCCUGUGAGACCACCUCGGUUCCAAUUGCAGUGUUCACGUGGUUGCUCAACGGGCAGCCUCUGCGUUCAGGGAGCACCAUCCCCUUCAACAGCACAGGGGCCGGCAACACUGGCAAUUAUACCUGCAUCGCCAGGAACAUCAAAACUGCCAAUCAGAUCUCAACAUCCACUCAACUCAACAUCGUCAGUUACUGCCUCAGCGUGGGUGCAGUCGUGGGAAUCGCCAUCGGGGUUGCCGCUGCUCUGCUUCUCCUGAUCCUGCUGAUCAUAUUCCUGGUUCGGCGUCGGCGUGCACAGAAGAGGCAGCCAACCAGCAAGAAGCCCCCGAAAAAGGCUUUCAGUAAUAGCGAGGAGAAGGUGCUUCCAUGGAUAAGCAAGUAUCCGAAGAUUAAUCAUGGUAUCUCACCCACUCCGAUCUACAGCCCCGAUCAAGUAUACUCGUACAGCAACUAUCCGCCCUCCAACGGAUCGAUGGUCGCUUCCACGAUGGACGGGGGAGUCAGCGUCUACUCACUGCAGACGGACCGCAGCGGUCGAUUGUCCACUUUGGUGUGACGGGGGGGGCCUGGAAUGACCCCCCCCGGAGGUGGUUGGGGGG